AUGGAAAAUACGCGUGUCGUUAUUGUAGGCGCAGGACCGGUGGGCUUGUUCACGGCCUACCUACUUGCCAGUCAGAAGAUCGAGUGCGUCGUCUUGGAGAGGCGAUACAGCGUAUCGAAGCACCCUAAAGCUCACACCCUCAACCCGACGACGCUCGAGAUCUUCCGCCAGGCCGAUUUGGAUGUUGCCUAUAUCCGGAAGCAUGCAGCCAUGAUUAAAGAUGCCGGACAGGUGCGUCUUGUCUAUGGCCUGGCCGACACCGAGAUUGGUUGCUUCCCGUACGAACGCCAGGACGACAGUAUGAGCAGCCUGACGCCCGAGCCCUUGGUAAACUGGUCGCAGCCAGAGCUCGAGAGCCUGCUCGAGAAGGCGGUAGCCAAAACAGGUCUCGUUCAAGUCAGGAGGGGUUGGCAGGUCGAUGCAGUCGAUGUCGCGGAGACUGAGGAAGCUGGCUGCGUCAUCUCGUGCAGUGUAACGGAGCAAGGCCACGCGGCAGACAGACAGAGCAUUCGGGCCGAUUUUGUUAUUGGCGCUGACGGCGUCCACUCGACCGUGCGGAACAAGAUGGCCGGUAUCGAGUUCGAGUCCAUGGGAACAGGCCAUGUCUACCAGUCGAUCGUCUGCAAAGGCAGUCUGCGCUCCGCGCUUCCGCCGGGUCGCGAGGCUAUGCUCUACUUUUGCUUCCACCCUGAUCAUCCCAGCGAGUUCAUCGCACAGAAUCUCGACGCCUCCUUCGUUCACAUGACGCCUGUCAUGGACCCCGCCUCAGCUGGCGGACAACCCAAGCCACCAUCUAUCGAGGCCUGCCUCCCGGGUCUACAGUAUUCAGAGGUUCUUCGUACCACCUGGGAGACAGCCCCUCGCGUGGCAUCCUCGUAUAGCGACGCGAAGCACCGACUGUUUCUUGUAGGAGAUGCAGCCCACAGCUUGCCGCCUCAUGGUGGUUUGGGUCUUAACACGGGCAUCGCCGAUGCCCAUAACCUGGUGUGGAAGCUGGCUGCUAUCAUCCAGGGAAAAGGCACCUCGCACCUUCUCACUAGUUUCACCCGUGAGCGUAAACCCGUUGCACUAGCAAAUAUCGAGUACUCCAAGGCCAGUGAGGCGGCUUUCUACCCCGUCAGUAUGACACUGGUUGGCCUCGCUGUUCAAUAUCAGGAAGCAAGGGCGCAAGCGCCGGAUCUCGCCAUGGAUACAUUCCUCCAACGGCCCGCCAUUUCCGCUGCAGCAGCGGGAGCAGUCACGGAGGCGAGCAAGCACUUUGACUCGCUGGGCCUCCAGCUUGGUUUCAUAUAUGACGACGCAUCCUGCACGCGGGCUCUUCUUGAUAACCCCAAAUCAUACGUGCCACGAGCGUGUCCUGGGGCAAGGCUGCCACAUGGGACUAUUAAUAAUGGGCUGUCACUCUUGGACCUCGUGCCCUACGAUAGAUUCACCGUGCUGCACUAUGCCAAUUCCGCGUUCGCAUCCUGCGACUGGGCCAUCGAUGUGGCAAGCCUUGGUCUGCCCGAAACUUGGUUUACGGUGGUCCCAGAAAUCAAGAGAGGGAAAGGGAUCAUUGUGAGGCCAGACCACCACGUGCUACUGCAUGUGGAUGACCCAGUCCAGGCGAACAAUGCGGUCACGGAGUAUCUGGAUCAAGGGAGAGUGCAAGCAAGAUAUGGUAUGCCCUCAAAGACGUAG